AGUACCGGCUAGCCUUCAGGAGGACAGCCUGCCCUGGCUGCUAGGCAGACUCUCCGGUAGGACAGCAAUGGGACGGAACCGAUUUUUAUCCAGAACAGAUCGAAUUGAACCCAGAAACGAACCGAGACACAUGGAUAACCGGUAUUUUGGUGUUUUUAUGCUGCCUUGUGGAUCAUUUGGGUCGCCCCGGCUAAGUUAAGGCAGCAGCGCGGAAGUUCGCCGACUUGUCCCUCGGAAGUUUGCCGUGGCGAAGGGAAACCGUUGGGGCCAGAACAUCCCGUCAUGGAGGGCUUCGGGUCGGCCCUGGAGAAGAAUGCGGCUGACCUCACGGUGAUGGACGUGUACGACAUCGCCGCGGUGGUGGGCCAGGAGUUCGAGCGGAUCAUAGACCAGUAUGGCUGCGAGGCUCUGUCCAGGCUGAUGCCCAAAGUGGUGCGGGUGCUGGAGAUCCUGGAGGUGAUGGUGAGCCGCAGCAGCAUGAGCCCGGACACCGAGGAGCUCCGGCUGGAGCUGGACAGGCUGCGGCUGGAGCGGAUAGAGCGGCUGGAGAAGGAGAGGAAGCACAGACAGGAGCUGGAGCGGGUGGAGGACGUGUGGAGGGGAGAAGCUCAGGAUCUACUCUCUCAGAUCGCCCAGCUGCAGGAGGAGAACAAGACCCUCCUCUCCAACAUGCCCAUCAAAGACUCGAUGAAUGAAGAGGAGCUGCAGAGGCACGAGGGUAUGACUGAGAAGGAGAAGCAGGUGAUGUUGAGGCUGAAGGAAGUGGUGGAUAAGCAGAGAGACGAGAUCCGAGCCAAGGACCGCGAGCUGUCUCUGAAAAACGAGGACAUAGAAGCACUCCAGCAGCAGCAGUCUCGACUCAUGAAAAUCAACCAUGACCUGCGCCAUAAGAUCUCCGUGGUGGAAGCUCAAGGGAAAGCUCUGAUUGGCCAGAAGGUGGAGCUGGAGGCCGGCGCUCAGGCACAAGCACAGGAAGUCGGCGCCCUGCGGCAGGAAGUGGCACGCUUACGGGAGCGUCUUCAGGUAGAGGCGUCCACACAGAACCCAGAGGAAGCCCCGCCUCUGCCUCCAUCACCAGCCGAGCAGCCAGGUAGACCUGCUGCAGGUGGGCUGGUGCCUGAGGGCGGGUCAGACAGACCAGAGCCCACCCAGCUGAUAUCAGGUGGUUUUGACCCGGUUCUGCAGCCUCCGAUCAGUCCAGAAGGACAGGAGGACGAGGACGAGGACGACGAGCUCCAGGCUGCGUUUCUUUGGGAGGCGAUGUGCGAUGAGGACAUGCCUGCUGUGUUCCAAUAUUUCACCAAGGAGGCGUUUUGUGAGGAGGAGUCGGGCGGAUUGGACCUCAAGGACCCCAACAGGCCUCGGUUCACCCUGCAGGAGCUGAGGGACGUCCUGCAUGAGAGGAACGAGCUGAAGGCCAAGGUGUUCCUGCUGCAGGAGGAGCUGGCCUACUACAAGAGCGAUGAAGCAGAAGACGAGAUUGAGUCUCCGUCUCCUGAACUGAGGACUCGCUCCCGGUCUUCUGCCCCGCCAGAAUCUGGAAUCAAACGCCUGAUCUUCACAGCCAUCAUGCCGAUGGUGGCGGCUGGUUUGAUCUCAGAUGACCCCACUUUACAGCCAAUCAGACGCCUCAUGUCUCUUGUUUAGCUUCUUCUCCCGGGACAAGCAGCGCGGCUCUCAGCUGGAUGCCGGCUCCGGCCCGUGGACGAGGAGAGACGAGGCGUACACCGAGCAAGCCCAGGAGGCCUUGCAGCACCUGUGAUCCCCGGAUCCCUGUCCAUCCCUCCGCUGCUCAAUAAAGCUUCAACAUGUGACUCAUAGCAGGAAUGUCGGGAAGGUGAGAGGACUCCAGAAGAAGAGGAUUUUCACCGGGAAGUGCACUGAAACAUCAGAUCAGACCGAGCAGCUUUGAAAAUGCCGGAAAGUGUUUUAACUGAAUGUUUAAAGGACAGAGACUGAAGUGAUUCAGGUAAAAAGUGUGCUACAACUUGUUUCAUAGAAGGAAAACUGGGUUUUGACAGUUGUGGUUUAAGCUGCUUUUGUUGCUAAAUCCCUAACACCACGACAGGAGCCUGUGGAUUACAUGAAGCACCAAAUCACAGAUUAAAUUAGAAUCUUUCAUUUAGUUUAAUAUUGUGAAAUUCCUAUUUUUUAACUAAUGUAACAUUUACAUCAUUAUUUUAAUAUUUCCUAAUUAAGACUGGAGUCCCUAUUCUGUCUAAUUACUGUAAUUUACAAAAGUCACACUUUAUUUUAUUAGGUAAUUCUAAUGGAUUUAUCAAAUUAUUGUAAUUAUGAGCAUCCAGUAAACUUUAUGUACAAAG